UUUUAAAUUCUGGGGAUGAAGCUAGUCCUCUUUAGUGGUUUACUAGGAUGAUUUUUUGGUUAUUGUGGAGUUAGUAUUAAUGAUGGCGGUAAACGGGUUAGAUGACACCAGGCUUCAGCUCCUUUUUUCCAUGGUUUCCCCAACAACACUAAAACGAAAUGACACCAGGUUGUGUUAGUACCAUGGACAGCAGAGCUGUACACCUCUUGAGCUCUGUAUUGCAUAUUGCCAAAGGAAAUUGAAUGGCCCGGUUUCACAUUAAAGACCCAAGGCUAGUCCCAGACUAAAUUGAAUUUGUGACCUGCUUUAAAUGAAUAUAACUUGCCCAGAAAAUAUCUUAAUAUAUCAGUGCCAUUGUUUCGUCUCAAGAUGCACACCAGUAAUGUCUUCUUCUUAGGCAUUUUUAUAAAAGCAAAUACAUGUCUUAAUUCAACUAAGGCAUAGUCCUGGCGUAAGCUAAACCGUGUCUGUGAAACCGGGGGAAAUGUACUAAUUUUAAGCCAUAAAUGUAAAUAAAGGGCAAAGACAAAUGCAGACAAGCACAUGUCUACUGUCAAGGCUUAAACUGGUUCUUUCACAUAACUGUGUUGCACAUAAAUACUCUGAUUCUCAUUUACUUGCAGUUUACUAUGUAUCUGAACUAUGAAUUGUGUGAAAUACUUAAUUCCUGUUCCACCUACUAUUCCAAGUUAUGUAUAGCUCUUUUAUAGAUCCAUAAUGGAUAUAUAUAUAUAUAAAGAAAAUAGCUGAAGGUGGUAGAAUUAAUGAUUUGUACUUUGUAUGGUACACUUUAUUAAUAAACCAAGCAGUUGUGCUGCACUCGUGCAGGAUUAUUGGGCUUUCAUGGCAAAUCCAUCUGAACUUGGAUUAAAUUUAAAUAAAAAAAAAUCAAUUUUAAAUAAAUAAUGAGAAGAAUCCACAUUGAAGCAUUUGCAUUUCAAAAUCAUGGCAUGCAACCUUUGAAAUACACUUCGUCCAUUACUUUCUGACAAAAUGAAAGGUUAUAUUUCACAAACUCAUGACCUCUUAUACAUCUCAAAUACUUAUAAUACUAUAAUUAGUAAUCCCCGUCUAGUAUUUUAACCUUGACUUUUUUCCAAAUAAUUAUAGCAACAAACAUGCUUUGAGAACUCAAACACAUUACUGUUAUUAUUAAACACACAUUAGCUUGAUAGCGCCGCAAUUCUUUUCAAGCCACACACAUUUACACAGUUUAUAAGAUCUUCUUAAAUACAAAGGUGUUUUUCAUUUGUAAUUUCUAAUGGAAACGAUCAAAUUGAGGUGGCAUUUCCUUGAGGCUAUCUGAGUAACCAUCAUUUCCUUUAUGUAACUGCCCGUGAGCAAUGCAGUACAGAGCUGAGAAUUGCAUACAGUCAGCAAAAGGAGAAAAUAGUCCUGCAAGGAGCAUGGGUACAUUAAUCGUGACAGCUCUUUCAAAAGACAACCACUGUUACCUCAGCAUAGAUGAGAAUCUGAGAACGCAGAGACUAACCAAUGCUGGCCGACGGGGCUUUCGACAGGAGGAUGCUUGUUUAAUUGCAGGAAUGGCUUAUCCCACGCUCUAUGAACAGCCCAAGGCAUCACUGACAACCAAAAGCAACACCGAUGUGCUUCUCAGAUAGGAAAUGCAUACAGUGAUCCUCUCUCAUAAACCUACGAGACUACAGGCUUCUUCGUUGUCUAGAUGAAGAUGGAGUCAAGACAGAGAAAAGGCAUGUGUCCUUAGUAUCAUUUUAACACAUUUAAGAAUGCAAGGCCAGCAAAAAGAGCCCCCUUUGAUUAAAGAAAUUCACAAGCAAAAGCACAGAGGCAAUAAAUCAAGGUAGUGUGGAACCGUGCACUUUUUCAUUUAUAAUGGUACAUUUACACAGGCAUUUCCUGUAGGAGCUGCAUCUGCAUUUUGGUAAUAAACCCAAAUGACUCCAUCAACAGCUGUGAACAACAAAUGGAUAAACAAGAAAAAACAUACUAUGGGCAAUUACGCCCCUUCAAAAAAGGGGACAAUUUCAAUGUCCACUCAAGCUACAGCACAUGAUAUAGUAGCUAAAGGUGUUCAAUUCGUGGAACCAUGCUUAUGAUUGCUUUCAGAAUCUUCACACGUUUGAAUCCCUAGGUAUGGCAACUAUUAAAACUUAUGAACUGGUUCGCUAAGAACUCUUGUCAAUUGGUUCGGUGCAUAUACCGUACACAUUAAUUGCAUAGAGGGUGAAGAAAGCAUUAACACCCGAUCUACGGCAAUUUAAUGCAUUUCGUAAUGUGGUAAAUUCCUCCAGAAUUUGCUUGCAGAAACUAAAACUAUGAUACUAGGUAGACAGAUAUCAGGAAAAAAGCCCAGCUCCUAUUUUGUCCUCCUUUACCCUCUUUGUCAUUUCUAUACCAAGGCCAUAUAGCCACUCCCUCCGUGCAGCGGUAAAAAGGACGGAUGGAGGACGGCAGGGGUGGGGGUGCAGGGGGUUUAUAGGGGCAGCAGCUGUGAGUUCAUCCUCCUGGAGAGUGAAUGUUCCUGCUCAUUGGUAGGUCAUUUUAUGAUUAGGGUGAAAGUGGUGCAUUGCUAUUAUAACAAAACACUUCAAUUCGAGGUGAAAGUAACACGUAUUUGCCUAUAUUAACUUUAUUCAUCAACACACUAUUCUUGCCGAGAUGCUUUAUAAAAAUGAAAUGUAAACACACAUUAUAGAGAAUCACUUUUUGUGCUUUUAAUUAUAGAUUUAGAAAGCCUUAUUAUAUUUGAAUAAUUAGCAUUUCAUUAUAGAUCUAAGUAACACACAAAUCUAUGUUGUUCAAAUAACACAUUUAUUUAAAAUUUUGUUUCCCUUCAACCAGAUGACCAAUAUUUUGAUAAAGAAUAAGAUUCUUGCUGUGUAGAGACGAUUAUAAACCAGUGAUUUAUUUAAUAUCAACACAUUGAAUGCAGCUCAUACACAAACCAACGCUUUUGAUAUGAAGAUUGAACUUUCCUUGUCUGAAAAAUAAUUCUGUUUAAAGUUUUUAAUAAAAACGACAUAUGCGACUAUAGUCGGGUGUAUUAUGAAAUCUUAUAGAGGAGAAUGGAGAACAAAAGAAGGAAACAACAGAGACUUCAGUGCGCGUUAAGUUUAAAGAUCUCCUGCGUGAUGCAGACGGCCAUUCGUGCAGUAUUUGACAUCGUUCGCUGCUCAAUUACUUAUGUCGUCUUGUACACCCCCACUGCCGACAACAUUGAUAAAAAUGCACUACAUGUACAGUCGCGUACUCUCUGUUUAUGUAUUUAUCACUGUGUGUGUGCGCGCGCGCGCGUAUAUGUGCGUGUGCUCUGAGACCUGACGCGUCACAGCUCGCUCUGCACCAGCCGAGGCUUCGGCGCUGAACAGUCUCUGCCGUCGCAGCAGAAAAAGAGUGGACCAGGCAAGGCUGGGUGAAUGUUGGCCAGGUUAAGGAGCGUGGCAGGAUGGCGUCCACGGGUACGCAGAUCUUCGCCUUUGUGCUUUCGCUGCUGGGCAUCUUAGGUGCCACGGUGGCCACGUUGCUGCCCAACUGGAAGGUUAGCGCAGACGUCGGCUCCAACAUCAUCACUGCCAUCUCACAGAUGCAGGGGCUGUGGAUGGACUGCACCUGGUACAGCACAGGCAUGUUCAGCUGUACACUAAAAUACUCCGUGUUGGCACUGCCUGCAUACUUGCAAACAGCACGCACCACUAUGGUGCUUUCAUGUGUACUGGCAGCAUUAGGAUUAUGUUUAGCUUCUUUGGGCUUGAAGUGCACCCGCUGGGGUGGAGGACGGCGUGCUAAACGCCAUGCUGCCAUGGCAGCCGGCGCCUGCUUUCUGACCUCUGGCUUCCUCUGCUUAUUUCCUGCCUCCUGGUACACCAAUGAGGUCAUCGUCAACUUUCUAGAUGCAAAUGUGCCAGAAAGCAACAAGUUUGAGCCGGGAGGUGCCGUCUAUGUAGCCUUCGUCUCGUCUGGUUUCCUUUUCGUAGGUGGAUCCAUUUUCUGUCUCUCUUGCUCUGGUAAGCGACACGACCCCCAGGAUUUGAUACUGCUCCCUCCAGAUAAACUCCUCUUGCAGCAACAACAGCAUCUGCUGCAACAACAGCAACAGGAGCUGCUCCAACACCAGUAUUGCUCUCUCUCACCCCUGGAUAAUAAGACGGGCUACAGUGUUCAGGAUUAUGUAUAGGGGGAGCCAGACACGUGAAACGCACUGCCACUCGGCCCCUGGCUCAUGUAAUAAUGAGAUGAAAAGGCAAGAGGACCAAUGCUUUGAAGCCUCUGUCUCCGAUUUUUUUAAGAUCACCAAGCACAAAAAAAUGGAGUUAUUCCUCUAAAAAAGGUCUUGAAAGAGACAGACUGUGAAUGCUGAGAGGUAAAUGGAAGGAACGCUGCAGUAGCAACAGCUCAUGCUCUGUGCAAGAUUGACAAAGAAAGAGAGGAAGAUGAUGAAUAAAGGCACAUAUUCAGCAUCCUAAUAAAUCUAAUUAAAGUGUUCCCCUGGGAAGGGAUUUGCAACAAAGGAAUGUUUUUGCUACUUCAAAUCCCGAAACAGCCCCCCCACCCAAAGUUAAGAACUUAAAGCAAUUGUUCAGCUGCUAACAAUCGUUUGGUAACUUCUUGUGGAAUAUCAGAUGGCAAUAUGUCUUUAAGAGGCAACAGUAUGGAAGACCCUGCAUUUGGAAGAUAUGCUUUUUUACUCAUGUAAUGGUUGUGUUAAUGAAAUCUUAUUAUGGUAGCUGAUAGGUUGAUUGAUAUUCUGCAUAAGCAUGCUUUCUGGAGCCUGUGCAUAAUGCAGUGGAAUGCCUGAUGUAGACUGAACCGUAGCCAUAUAGCCUAUGCAUAAAGAGCUGUAGUAUAGAAACCGCUGAAACUGUUUAUAGAGCGGGAGGAAUGAGUGAAUAGAGGUUGCUGGGUCAGGCAUGAAUGGGAAAUCCAUAGAAGCCGAGAGAAGACUCCCCCAUCAAGUCAUGGGUGUUUGAUAUUGUGCUGUGCUACCUUUAGCUCAGUGUGCGUCGUGCACUAACUUUAUCAUGCACACACUCAUAUAUACAUUGCUGCAUGUGUGCAUUCCACGUAUGCAGCUUCUCAUUGCCAUGGAAAUGGUAUUCUACAUCCAAACACAUACAUUGUCUAGGUUACAACUCUAUGGAUUUCAAGAAAAGGAAGGGGAUCCUCUCUGUAUUGGGCUGGAGUGCGUCACGAAUCACUUCAGGAACAUCAGGGGGUGGAUGGUAUUUACAGACAAAACCUUGUGUGUCAUCCUCUCUUGGAUUGCGGGAUUGUACUCGGACUCUGAUUCUAAUCUAUAUGACAUAAUCUACAUUCAUAAUACAUACAUGGCAUAAAAGACAUACUAAAUAACGUCAAUAAAACACUUUACAAUUGUAUUUGUUAGCAUUAGUUAAUUAAUGCGAAUACAACUGUACAUGAUUAUACAUGUAGAAUGUACAUGAUGUACAGAUGUACAUGACUACAUUUUUACAUGAAGUAAAAUUGCUGAUUAAUGCUAGUUAAUGCAUUAAUUUAUGUCAAAAACAACCUUAUUAUAAGGUGUUACCUUAGUAGCAUUUUCAUGGCAGUGAGUGAUACCUGGUGAGACUGCAAUCUGGUAAUGUCAUCACUCACUGGAGAUACUCACACACCAUUGCCGAAUGGUGCCAAAAAUCCUCAUGCUCAAAUUUAAAUAGCAAAUCUGUCAUCAGAUACUGGACACAGACAAACGUAGAUGCUAUCUACAUGUGCCCGAGUUAUACUGAAGGAAUAUUUUUAGUUUCAUAGUUUUCACAGCACCUGAGGUAUGUUGUCUGCACAAAGCUUAAAGCUAAAUUUUCACAAACAUGGCCGUGGUUAUUGACGGCGUGCCAAAAUGUGGUACUUUUAAAAAUAAACCAGAUUAAAUGAUUGUUUGAAGGCAUGCCACAGAUGCUGUCUAUAGCUAUUAAUAUCCCUUAGGGUGCAGGUUAAUACUCAUUGUCUUAUUCACUAAAGUGUGUUGCACCCCUCUCUCUCUGAACGCUGGAUGCUGCCUCUAACAACCAGAACAACUGCAUGUCAUGUGCAAAUUUGCCAAUGCAUGAACAUAGCCCCCCUAAAAAGCAUGUGAAAAAAUUACAACAUUCCCUUCCCUGCACCCAACUUGUGUCAAGUCAAGUGUGUGUAGUUGUUUGGAUGUAGUCUUGCGGUUCUAUGCUGUUUAAGGAGCAAUUGCAGUAUUCUGCUCUGGCAAAAAGAGCUUUGGCAGUGAUGGAUAGCACAGCACAUUCUUCCCCUCAGAUUCCCACAGGCGGGCAGAUGGCUGUGCUCGCCCCCUGCAGGCAGCAUUGGGCAUACUGAGAUGGCACAGUUGGGCAUUGUGCUGCUUGUCUAUGGCAGAAUAUGCCCUUCUCAGUAUACCAUACUAGCUCCUGGAAAAUAGUGAGGGCCCAUGCACCAUUACUGAAUGCAAUAAACACUCUCCUCCAACAUUUCUAAAAGUAACUGUGCACCAUAUGUUACAGAAUGUGCCAAAACUAUGUCUACUUUUCAAAUAUAUGUAAAAAUAUUCUGUUUUGUCUGCCAAUUACAAAAGAAUCAAUAGGUGGUUCUAUAGACCAUUUUGCGAAACACUGGUCUAGAAGCAUUUCCGGUUUAAGAUUUUAUUUUAAACCUUACAUUUAGAAUGAAACCUUAAAGAUAUUUGUUUAACAUUUUACAUAGGUUGUAAAUAUUCUGUUGGUUGAAUUUUGUUCAAAUGUUUGUAGAGGGGAACAGAAAGUUCUUCCGGAACAGCAUUACAGCAGUAUUGUUUACAUCAUCAGAAGUGGUCUGGUAAAAAGAGGUUUACAGUAAAUCGGUGUGCCAAGUUUCAGGAUUUCGCUCUUUAAAUUCCAAAGCACAAUUAUUUCAGAAUCAUUAACCGUUCUGCGCAGACAAGAAAGAAUCUAUACUAUUUACAAUUGUGCUUUGGGAUUUCAUACAUGUCCAAGCUCUACAAAUGCACCCAUGUUGUGGAUCUUUUUAUGUUGUGGAUCUUUUAAUUUUAUGGAUCUUUUUAUUUUAUGCAUCCUAUUUGUUCACUGAAAGCACUAUUCAACACCCAAGCAUGUUCACAGCAAAUCUUCUUUAUAAGAAGACAAACAUUACACCUUUAAUUGUGUAACCUCGUUUAAAAGCUAUUUAUUUUUUGUUAGCUAAAACAUAUUUAAAAAUACGCUAAAAUAAGGAUGAUAACCUGUAGAUAGUUAGUACUAUAAUGUGUCAAAAAAAUGUUUAAAGACAAACUAUCAUAUUGUUAUGGUGCAGCUUGUUCAUUAGCACGAUAAAGUAAAAUGAUUUUCAUAUGACCAGACCAAAAUGAUCGGCCCUUGUUUCUGUUCAGUGGCCUUUUUUUGCAUAUCUUGGCAAAUUUGGGGGUGAAUGCAUCUGCACUUUUAAUUUUGCAGAGGAUAUUGUUCUCAUGUUUCUGUACUGCUACUUCAGUGUGCUUGUGCAAGUAGUUAUAUUUUUUAUUAAUAAAAAUGGUCAGAAACAGUGUUA